GCUGCUGCUUCUUUUGUUACUGCUAAAAGACCCACAACGAAACGACCACCUGUCUUUCUCGCUCUCUGUUCUUUUCUUUUUCUGUCUUUCCCCAUCAGUUUCAUGAUAAAACAUAUCAUCAUCACCCUUUUCUUUCGUUUCAGUAAAUCCUUGCUUUGCUCUCAUGGCUUGUUUAAGCGAUGAGCAUUGUAUUUCUUCUUCUUUUCCUGAAAUUCUCUCUGCACGAUUAUCUUUCAAUAAUGAUGAACAAGAAAAUGGAGAAGCUCAAACCAAUUUUACACCAUCUUUCCCUUUUGAUAAAGUGUUUCCUGUUUAUGCAAUGGGACUCUCAAAGUCUGAGCCUGUUGUUUUUUCUUCUGCUGAUUCUAGUGACCCAAUUUGGGAUGAAGUGAGAGAAGAAGCUAAGUUGGAGGCUGAAAAAGAACCAAUUCUUAGUAGCUUCUUGUAUGCCAGCAUCUUGUCACAUGAUUGCUUAGAACAGGCGCUGGCUUUUGUUCUUGCAAAUAGGCUUCAGAAUCCAACUCUCUUGGCCACUCAACUGUUUGAUACAAUUUCUUGUGUAAUAAUGCACAAUAGAAGCAUUCAACGAUCAAUUCGCUUAGAUGCGCAGGCAUUUAAAGAUCGGGAUCCUGCUUGUUUAUCAUAUUGUUCUGCAUUAUUAUAUCUUAAGGGUUAUCAUUCUUUGCAAUCCUAUCGAGUGGCUCAUGUUUUGUGGAACCAAGGACGAAAACUAUUGGCCUCAGCACUACAAAGUCGAAUCAGCGAGGUUUUUGGAGUUGACAUACACCCAGCUGCCAAAAUUGGAGAAGGGAUACUAUUGGAUCAUGGAACUGGUGUGGUAAUAGGUGAAACUGCUGUGGUGGGAAAUAGAGUGUCAUUGAUGCAUGGUGUUACAUUAGGAGGGACUGGGAAAGAAGUAGGCGAUCGCCAUCCGAAAAUAGGUGAUGGUGCACUAAUUGGAGCAUGCGCGACAAUACUUGGGAAUAUACAAAUUGGUGAAGGGGCUAUGAUAGCUGCUGGUUCACUUGUAUUGAAGGAUGUGGAUGCACAUAGCAUGAUGGCAGGAACACCAGCAAAGGUGAUAGGAUAUGUAAAUGAGAAAGAUCCAUCCCUCACAAUGAAGCAUGAUGCAACAAAGGGAUUCUUCAAACAUGUAGCUGUAACUUUUAGAGAGGAGAGAUGCAGUGCAGCUCCAGAUCAACCAAAAAAUGAUGAAGAGCAGCGCUAAGAGACUUGUGUAGGUGUGUAGAGAUAUCCUCUGCAAAUGCAAGUUCUAUAGAGGGUGAAUAGUGCCUACAUACAGCAUGUUAUUCACAAAAUAGCACAAGAUAAAUUCUUAGUAGUUGUUGUAAUAGGUCAACAUUUGUAGUUGCCUUCUUGUAAUAUAGGCUGAGAUGCUGAGGCUCUCUUGCUCAAUGCUCAUUGUUCUAGGUUCAUCAAUUUUUUUCCUGGAGAACCUGGUUCCCAUGUCUUGUUUUAGUAUACCCACUUCAAAACAAUACAUUGAAAAAGGUGAAGCUCUUGCCUCUUUGGAAUGGAACAGGAUUGGGCAAUAUUGAAUAUCCUGUUUUUCCUGAAUAAUUAUAUGGCCCUUCUUGAUCA